AUCGUGUCACACACACACUGUACUGGCGAUAUACAAUAGGUCGUCAUCAGGCCACGUCUGGGUAGCUUACAUAUCCAAAUAUUAAGGUGAUUGGUGAGAAACAUGAAUAUUUUCACAACCAUUGCACUAUUCUGUGCCAUAUCGGGGGCGUGUAGCUACCACGUAACAAAGUUCAAGUCUUACGAUGAAACUACCAAGGAUGCGUACGACAUCAUGGAAAUAUUGAUGCGUCACCGGACCCCCGAGAGAUACCUGCCACAGUCUUAUUUCCAGAAAUAUGGUGGUGGUCGCAGUUCACAGCUGACGUCUUUCUCUUAUAAAAACUGUGGUGACCCCGCAACGGAAACAGCGAGACUUCUUGAUCUGCAAAUAACUCCAGACCCAAUUGUACUUCCUGGUAAUGUACAAUUGGCCUUUAAAGUGCAGAACUUGAAAACAGCCCAGUCACCCAUACAGGCUGACGUGGUCUUGAGGAAGAAGAUUCUGUCCAUAUGGGUGGAAAUUCCUUGCAUUGAGAAUGUAGGAUCCUGUAGUUAUUCCGACUUUUGUGAAGUUCUGGCGCCAGCCCAAUGUCCAGAGCCCUUCACCGAGAACAACAUUCCCUGCAAGUGCCCUUUUCCUGAGGGCAACUACACACUCCCCAGUACCCAGCUGGAGAUCAACUUAUCAGACAUUCCAAGUGGGGACUAUUCGGGACAAAUUGACCUCAAGAUGGACUCGGCGCCCAUAGCGUGUUACGAAGUAGAGAUUACACUUGCAUAAUUUGAAAUAUUGCCAAUGACUUUCAAAUCAUGACUAUUAUAUAUUUUUGCAUAUUGCUCAUUACUUUUUGGUAGUUUGUUUCUGAACUAGUAUAAUAAUCUAAUGUCAUGGAAAGUCGCUUCUCGUUGAGGAUCCCGCUGAUCUGUAUUCAGAGUAUUAAACUGAUCCUUAAAUAGAUGCUGCUAUAAACUUUAUGAUUUUAUUUCACUAUCCAUACGAAAAUAAGAUGGGGGUUAAUGUGCAUUCUGUCUUUCUAGGCACUGUUAGUGCCUUCCCUGACACAUUCCUACUGUACCAUAUUGAAACAUAGUGAAAUCACGCACGGUGUAAGCAUGUGUGCUAAUAAACUAUCUGUCUUGAAAGGCGAGCAUAAAGAAAA